AUGUCUACCCAACGCCUCUGGCUUCGUUGCGAAAAAAAGGAGUUUGAGCGUCGCUCAGCCCUCACGCCUACCACGGCGAAGAAGCUGAUUGAUGCUGGAUUCCAAAUCAGUGUCGAACGCGAUGAACAACGGAUCUUCGAUGAUGCUGAGUUUGAGGCUGUCGGUUGCACGUUGGUGGAUAAUAACUCAUGGCCCACGGCCCCUACAGAUGUCCCCAUCAUCGGGUUGAAGGAGCUCCCAGUAUCUCAAGAGCCCCUUCCCCACACACACAUCCAGUUUGCCCACUGUUACAAGCGUCAAGCAGGAUGGUCAUCCGUUCUGGCUCGCUUCUACAAGGGAGGAGGUACACUCUAUGAUCUGGAGUUCCUCACCGAUGCUACGGGUCGGCGUGUUGCUGCUUUCGGGUAUCAUGCUGGCUUCGCUGGUGCUGCCGCUGGUGCACUUGCUUUGGCUGCACAACGAUCAGGAGAGAAGUUGGGCCGUUUAGAACCUUUCGAGAAUGAAACUGCCAUGAUCGAAGGUGUCAAGAGCACACUCGGCGGGAGCGCCAAGGGCGUCAAAGCUCUCGUGAUCGGUGCCCUCGGACGAUGCGGGCGCGGAGCUGUGGAUCUCUUCCGCAAGAUCGGUCUGGCUGAGGACGACAUAUUGAAGUGGGAUAUGGCUGAGACCGCCAAAGGUGGCCCAUUCCAGGAAAUCCUUGACGUGGAUAUCUUUGUAAAUUGCAUUUAUCUCUCGUCUUUGAUCCCGCCUUUCUUGGACAAUAACCAAAUUACCGCUGCCGGCCAAGAUAGACGGCUGUCGGUAGUUGUGGAUGUCAGUUGCGACACGACGAACCCAUUCAACCCCAUCCCAAUUUACAGUAUAAACACAACCUUUCCCGAACCAACUGUUCCUGUUGAUCUCAGACAAGAUUUGCCGUUGCUGUCGGUGAUCUCCAUUGAUCACCUACCAACGCUGUUGCCCCGUGAGGCUUCUGAACAGUUCAGCAACGAUUUGUUACCAUCACUCUUGGAGCUUCCUCGACGAAAGACUGCAAAGGUCUGGACUGAUGCAGAGAAGUUGUUCCACGAGAAGCAAAAAGAAGCAGUUGAGGCGGAAGGCCUGUGA